GGCUGGGCAUUGAGCGCAUCACGUCUCGUUUGCCGCUCAACGUUCGUCGGCUUCGCUCGUUUAUGCCCGUUCUGCUGUGAUCAACAGCAGAUGCCAGAAUUGCCUGUUACGUGGUGCCUUGUACACAGUGCUUUUGUUGUCAGUGCUGUCUGGAUAUUCACACGUAAAUACGUUGCAAUGGGCAUAGCGCCGCACGAAGCUUUUCGCACAAAUCACCUUUCUGGUUGAGCAGAUAUGUUCCGAGAGAUGUGACAGUCUAGACAGUAAACACAACAGCGUACAUUUCGAUGGUUAUAGUUUGGUCGUUAUCGUUGCCGUCCAAAACCCAUUCAGUAUAUGAUGAUUGAUAGCUGUUUGGUGUACUCCUGAGUGUUGAAUGUGUACUGUGAGCGUUCCUGUCAUCCGUGUAAUCAGCGUGCUCUUUCUUAUAUUUGUUUCUGUCUGUAGCGUUGCGUGUGUUUUCAGAAUUUCGAUUGCUGCGUGUCAUUUCCUGCAAGUUUUAGUGCUAUCCAGAAUCUACAUACUGUUGAUCGGUGCAGUCAUGACUGACAUACUGAACUACAUAUGCAUUCUGGGUUGCACACGUGCAUUUCUCUCGUCAAUGAAGUUGGUGCAUGCGUUUGUCACAGUACUCAGUUCUGUUUGUCACAGUAGUCAGUUGUAAUUUAUAACAUAUAGUCGCAAUUAUAGUGGGCAUAAUGAAGAGCCACAACACAGAUGCUGACCAAGAUGAAGAAAUGAUUAAGAACUCGACCUUUCAGUCCCCACACAGGAGUUUUGUUCACAAGGCUCCCGUGCUCAUGUCGUCUUGUUUGGCAGCUGUUUUGUUUUCUUCAUGAUUGUUCCCGACCUGACAAGAUUUUAUCAGCCUCUCAACUUUAGUGCAGAGCAACAUUUGUUGAAUGAUACAAAGUUAAAUGUUGUUCAACUACUGUGACUGCCAGUGAUGAAAACGACCUGUUACUGCAUUCAUUGUGCCUGAUUUGCUUUAAUGUGAUGCCUGGGCACAUUGUGAUUGGAUUAAUUAAGAAUUACAGAGGGCGCACUUUGUAAGCAAAUGACAUGCGCACAGUCCUUUAUAGUAAUUUGUAAAUUUUUUGUUGUCAGUAGUGACAGUGUUCAACAAAUUAAAAGCCUGCAUUUGGCAUUUAGGAACUUCUGAUGCUUCUGCCAGCACUCACAGUCACCCAGCAAGUUUGGCCACUUGAAGCAUCAAGUGGUUUGCCUACCAAACUAACUGAGACUAGACUCAUUGUCAGGACUAGCAACUCGAAGCUGCAUGUCUUCCUGAUCAAGGAUGGUAACAUGGCAGUGGCUGAUUGAUCGUACAUGUGCCCUGUGCUUGCAUCUAAAAUUAACAUUCAGUAACGAGACCUACCAAAGUGGCUCAGUGGCUCAGCCAUUCUGCUGCUUUGUAUCAGGUUUGAAGUUCUUAUAAUAGCUGGGGUGGCUGCUAUUUGAUAGGGGCAGAAUCCAAAAAUGUAUGCAGACCUUGCUUUAGGUGCACGCUAAUGGACUCAAGGUGGUCAAAAUUAUUCUGGAGUCCUCAUCUAUUGCACCUCUCAUAACCCUUGUGUUGCUUUGGGAAAUUUAAUAGUUGAAUCCAAGCUCUGUCGCAUCAAACCAAAGCUUAUGGGCUACCAUGCAUAAAACACAUCCUAUCUGUAAAGAUCACACUUUUUUGUUGCACUUUUUAAUGGUAAACAAGCUAAAGGUUCUUGAUACUGAGGCUUUUAAGAACACUAAAAUCAAAUAUGAAGUCUUGCUAGAAUGGCAUGUGAGGCUUCUGAAAACCUUGCAGCAUUUGUUUUAUGGGACGAGAUGACUUUGUCACAGACAAAGUUGUCAUUAAAACCAGUACAUCUCUUCCUCGCUUGAAAUAGCCUGCAGUUACUACCUCCCUUUGGGGCACUUCAUUGGGGUCCUCUUUUACCUUUUAUUACUCCAGAGAUUAAUAGGGUCUAUGCUCCUCAUAUUUUUGAGCACAGGUAAGAUAGACAGGAGUGCCAACUUGCCUGGUAAUGCAACUUGCCUUGCCAACUAAUGUCCUGCCAAUUCGAGAUUCAUGGGGCAGCACAUAGGUGGCAAUAAAAUUUAGUAUUAAUGGUAGCAACAGCAUGGCAUCUGUGUUCCCUUGUAACAUUGACAACACCCCUAGCUUUCAUGCUGCAAUGAGCCUCCUGCACUUUUUUUAGCUGCAGAUAAUGAGCUGCCACAAUUUAGCUAAUGCUGGUUACUGCCGGGUUUUGAUAUACUGGCACGAUCUGACUGGGUUCUGAACACUGUUAGUCUGUUGUGGUGUGGACACAUUUACUGCUAACAGCUUGUGGAGAAAGGGGAUAGAGUACAUUACAAAGGGCACAAAGAAGAGGUGAAGGUUGGAAGGGAAUACUGUAGAAAACUAGGCACAGCACUUCGAAGGGACAUUAUACUGUAUUUCAUGCAUGGCUAGAGGAACUGCAAAGCCUGGAGAAAUUUCUCGCACUGCUAAAAUUCACAACCAAAAAUAGUGCGUCACAAAUGAAAGGAAGAUAUAGGUCGGCAUCAUGUAAUUUGAUGCAGCAUCAAGUCUCGUAUUUUUGCGUUGCAAGAUAUGAUGUAAUUGUUAACUUGGAAGGCGUCGCAGAUGUGUACCUUUUAACCAUUGAAUAAGUGCAGUGACAUGUUUCUUCAGCCAGUGAGCAGUGGGCACAGUACAACACUUGUACUCGAGUCCAAAACAUAUUAUGUUGUAUACUGAAGCCGCGAAGGUACUCAACUAAUACGAUGUUGUUUGACUUACCCUUAUGCCCACAAGUUGUAAUGCAGUUGUUAAUUCGACUCCGGUUAAUUCGAUUUUUCAAUCAUUUAGAUCUCGACCAAAGGUCCUGGCUGGUGCCCAUGCAUUUCUAUGGGCCCAAACUCUCUUUAGUUCGAUCCUAAAAUUGGCCUUCAUUGAAUAAUUUGAACUUGACCAGUCAUCAUGCAUGCACUUAACCCCUAUGGUGCCUGUCUUUCCAAAACAAUUGCGCAGAGAAUGGCCUGCGCCGAGAAUGCCUGCGCCGUGCACUCGAAUACAAAACCAAAACUGCAUUUGCGCAUUCGUAUGCUUUGCCGCAUAACAUGGUUUAUUGCGACGAAGCUGACUUUAAGAAACUGUGUGACGAAGCCAUUGCUCAACACAUGUUAGACCCUUGUCCAUUUUUCUUGCUAAAAAAUUGCGUGAGCAUUAGAUUUCAACAUUUUUAGGAGCUUUAAUGCCAUUUGUUUGUUUGUUUUCUACUUUGGACACAUAGAAAGGGGGUGCACGUUUGAUUCGUAGGCGUGUUACAAUCGGGCGAAUACUGGCGAGUGAAUCAACAGUGUUCUGCCUUUUUUUCCUGCAUCUUGUUUAAUUAGACCCGCCGAAUAAUUCAGUUAAUUUCGUCUGCCCAGUCAAGGUUGAAUUAAUGUAUGUCGGCUGUACAGUUAUUUCGUAGAUAAUGCUGCCAAUCAAGGAUGGCACUGAGAAAUGCAUGGAGUGAGGCUAGUAUGACCGCACUUCUUGUGUAGCUUCUGUGUCAUUGCCUGUUAUGUGUUAAAUGGAGUAUACUCGGACAGACCAAUUGCAUUGCAAGGUAGGGAAAUCGGUGCUAAUGUCUUAUCUUUUUUCGUUCUGCUAAGUUUAAGAACGUGGAACAUGUUAGAGGAGUGUUAAACAUAUAGUCCAAUAUAAUGAACCCAGAUAAAGUGAAUUAUUCUUUAUACUGAGCAUGCAAAACUUACUGAUAUUCGUGUAGAAUAGGUUCAUCAUAAUGAGUUGAAUGUUGGAUAUACUAUACAGAGGACGACCAUGACCAGUGCACCAAAGCUAGUUGGAUGCCAUGAACACAGUGAUCAGGGGAGUUUUUAUUUAUUUAUCUUUUUGUCAUGUUUCUUGUUUUGUUAAGCCCUUUCUGCUGUGAUUGUGGGGCCGUGACUGUGUCGAUGUUGAAGGGAGUGGACUGUAGCAGGCCUACUCAAUCUUGUGCAUUGAGAAUGGCAUUCUUAACAAUGUUGAGAAACGGUCAAGACACUGGCAAAAAUUGCUGCCUACUAUGUGUCAUUAUUUUUGUUUUCAAUAAAUUAAUUCCUUCCUUGCUUUCUUUCUCCCCUAAAAAUAACUAAUUUAUACAUAACAAACACAUCACAAAGGUUUAACUUUGUUGUACGCAAGUUACUGAAUGUAUUGAAUUGUUUUUUGGCACAUAAGUGUGUUUGUUAUAAUGAGGUUCAACUGCAUUGCGAUUCACAGUUACUUUUUAUGCCUAUUAUAAAUGCAUUUGGGCUCACUGCUUUCACGUAGUGGCUUGUGAAAAUCUUAUUUUGUUUGCAAUGCCCUUUUUUGCUUGCUGGCUCUAUGUGACCUUUUUCUUUUUUUCAAUCCAAAUAGCCAUGAUUUGGUAAUUUUAUCUAUAUUGUCACAUUUGCUGAUCCUUUCAUGUCAGAUUUACAGGUGGCCUACAUAGAAAAAUUUAUUCAGACUAGCAACUCUAUCUGGAAGUAAGAGCAUUAACACCAUCAUUUGCUUUGCAUGAGGAGGUCUAAUCGAUGAUGAUGAUAUCUGUGGUUGUUUUUUCAUAAUGGUUCUGGCAGAUUCAGCAGUCUGGGAAAAAGUGAAGGAAAACGUCAUGGGACAAUUGCUUGUGAUGCUGAUCCGAAUGGCAUGGAAUCAUAUGUCAAGGAGCAGUCAAAAGGAAACUUCUUCGACAUUACACCGCUCUUAGACCAGCAUGAAAAGAAGCUCCGACGAGAAAUCGUUCUGCCCACCAUCAGACUCGAAGCGGACCGUUCUGGACGUAAGAAGCAGUACGACACCAGGUGGGCGCAGAAGCACUGGGAGCAACUGAAGCGCACCAUCCUCGACGCUCAGCUGGGCGGCGCAUUCUCCUACAGUCUUUCUAACCUGGAGCAGAUCAGACAGAUCGUGCUGUUCACAGAGAGCGCCGAUCAGGGCGUGGUGGACCAGCGGUCCUCCUUCAGUGACGCCCGUAUCGUGUUCCCGGAGGACCUCGUGAGGCCCCCCGAUGACGAGACCGACGAGGGGUUUAAGACUCCCGCCUCGGGAUAUGGUUCGCCCCAGUCGCUGAAGUCUUUGACUGAAGCUGGCACUUCGUCUGUCGCUGCGGUGCGACAGAGCGCUAUUCCCUCGUCGUCUCACUAUGGCCUCGUGAAACGGUGGAGGAGUCCAGACCAUAGCCCUAAAACCAGAGUCGGCGUUAUCGGCUUUAAGGAAAAGGUGAAAGCGGUCAAGCGAAAGCGCCUGGUACAGUCGCCUACCUUUACCUACGAAUCGGAGUCGAAGAGCCAGUCGCCGGCUCGACAGCGAGAACCUGAAGCGACGAAUGGAGAAGCAGCGCAUCGCCACCGCCACCAUCACUAUGAUAAUUUUGAGCAGGAGCAGGAAGAACAGCCGGAGAUACAGGAAUACGAAGAGUCCGCGGAGCGCGCGAGGGCCGCGGGGACGCUCGAAGAAAUUCAUGCGUCGCUGGACAGGUUAACAAAGAUUAUAAGCGAGAUGGCGCUGCUGAUCAGUGUGAGCACGGUGCAGAGCGAGAUUCGGGGUGAGGAACUUCGUCGGAGGCCUUCGAGUCCGGCGGCGAUGAGGAGCUCGACGCGGGCCCGGAGCAUCAGCCGACACCACGCGCACCCCUCGCGUGAACGGUCGGCGAGCGCGAGUCCGUCGCCUCUCGACACGCUGGCAGUUCAGAGAGCGAGCCGUCCUUCCGGAAGUGUCUCUUCCCGGGACUUUGCCUUCUUCCCGCCUUCCAAGGAUGAAGAGGGUUACCAGUCUCGUCGCAAGAAAGGGAAGGACCCGAAGCCGCAACGACAUCAACAGUACCGCUUCACACCCGAGACGUAUGCUGCGCCUGUCUGCAGAAAAGCCAUUGUUCAGGACGUCGUCACUCGGAGCAAUUCAGCGACGAAUUUCGACGCGCCGUCCGAUUUCGCCUCCGCUAGCAGUACACACGACGAGUCUAGUUGUUGCUCGAGAAGCGGAAGCGACUCCGAGCUCUCCAUUCCUCAGAAUGUGGAGAGCGAUGUCGAAGGUCAAUGCGUCGUCGCCUUUGCGUCCGCGGAGAAUCGCUCUCCGGAGGCGUUAUGUCGGCCAUUGUCGGUUAUUCCCGACGACGAGCGACCGCUUCUCUCGGCGGAGGCGCGGUCUCCGGGACUGUUCUUUCAACACCCGCCGUUCCUUCCCGACGACGAGCUACCAGGUGACCACGGAGCCUUCGAGGCAGCUUCGCUCCAGGUGGACGACGCCGGCCGCUUGAGUCCCGGCGAAAUCCAGCUGGACUCUGGAGGCGCGGAGUCUCUUUCCGAGCCGACGUUCCCGGUUUUUCAGACGCAAGAUCGAGGACAGGAACGAGAUUUCAGAGGCAUCGCCAGGGGUGCAUGCUUGUCUGAUCCUGGCCGUUUCGGGACCGAGCUGUUCAACACCGAGAACAUCGACGACAAUGGCGGCGGCCUGCGUCCUGUACGUUGUCGUGGCGAUGACCGCUUGCCGCACGGAGGGAUACCGCUGGAGCAGGGCGCCAGAGAGGAAUACCCUUCUCAACACAUCUGGCGCUGGGCCAAGAGCGACAGCGACCGCGUUAUGGACGAGAGUGCCAUGCGGAGGCUCGAGCUGUACAAGACUACUUACGGCGGGAAUAUCGAUGGCCAGCCGCCUCACAUGCAGCCCACCUGCGGCUGGCGUCGUCUCCUCAGCGUGGCGGCCAGCGGAUGUGUCAACUGCAGAUCGUCUGCAUCAUCACGCCCAUCGCGCAAGAGACCAACAGCGCGCCCACCAGCACCGUGCGCAUGCAGGCAGCUCAUUCAUCAAGCCUCCCUGAGCGAAAAUCUCCGUGACGAGAGCUCUGGUUGCCGUCGACCUUCGUCCGGGAGUGUGGCUGCGUUAGUAUAAUGGAACCCUGACGAUCGGCCAAAGGCUUGCUCCCGCAGUCAGCCCAUAUGCUUGCUGCAUCGACGAAGGCGGAGGUCGAUCCUAAAGCGCAAUAUGCGGCGUAGUACGGCCCAUCGCUGGAAGUUCGAGGCAUUAGAGAAUCUCGUCGCACUCCAAGUGUCUGCGGAAAGACCAGAUCGCUCACAAGGACGACGUGCAGCUCUUUUUUUUUUUUUUUCAAGAAUGAACUCAUAAUCCA